AUGUUGCAUAUUCGUAAUCCAAUGUCAAUUGAAGACUUGUUAGAUUUCGAGGAAAAAAGAAUGGAUAUACAUCAACAAUUUAAUGAUAAUGAUUUUAUUCAAGGUGCUAUAGAAAUAGAACAAGUAGAAAAUGAAUUGGAUAUUCUGCGCAAUGCUUUGAGAAUCGUUGAUGAGAGAAUUGAUGAUGGUGGGAUCACGAUAAGGUCUUUACAUAAGCUUCAAUCAUGUAUUCGUGAGGAAGUUCGAAAAGAAGAAGCCAAAAAACAGGUCUAA